GCGAUACGUUGGCUCCAAGUCUGGCACAACCCCCUCGAGCUCCCCUUCUCUGGUCAAUUUUCAACAUUGACCCCCGUCCACCUCUCACGAGGAGACUCCAUUGCCUCCCGCACAGAAACACAAAGACGCCGCCGACGCGGGGUUCGGUUUCUUCCGCAUUCGACUCGACACGAUAUCGAAAUAGAGAUAUAGACGGGGCCGGACCAUGGCAGCAACUCGAUCGUUACUGCAGUACAUCUGCAGCCUUAUCCUUCUCGCCUGCACAGCUCACGCCCUCAAGUUCGAACUGCAUGCUACGCCGCGUCAUGUGAGGCAGGAAAGAUGUAUACGCAACUUCUUGACCAAAGAUACCCUUGUCGUCGUGACAGCGACCGUGGGAGGAUAUAAGGGAGAUGGCAUGACUGUCAACAUGCACAUCAAGGAUGCUGUAGGCAACGAGUAUGGAAAGCCCAAAGAUGUGGCCGGCGAGCAGCGAACGGUCUUCACUUCCCACGCCGACGCCCCCUUCGACGUCUGCUUCGAGAACGUUUUCACCUCAUCGCUGAACAUUCCCAACGCCUUUGUGGAGGUGGAGCUCGACAUCGACAUCGGAGCUGAUGCCAAAGACUGGGCCGCCAUUCAGGCCACCGAGAAGUUGAAGCCCGUGGAGGCCGAGGUGCGCCGCAUCGAGGAGCUCGUGGCGGAAAUUACCACCGAGAUGGACUACCUGAAGGCCCGCGAGCACAAGCUGCGCGACACCAACGAGAGCACCAACACCCGUGUCAAGUGGUUCGGCUUCUGCACCACUUUCGUGCUGUUGGCUCUCUGGGUGUGGCAGAUCAUGUACCUGCGCGCGUAUUUCCGGUCGAAGCAUUUGAUCUAAGGGUUCCUUGAAACAGCCUAGGCUGGUGUGGACUGAGAAGACGGGAUGUGGCAGUUUGACACUGCCACGGAGGUGGAUGAAGAAUGGGUCGGGCCAGAGCCCGGGCCUCAUGGGAGGGAUAGGGACGAUAAAUAUUUAUAAAUGGCGGCCGCGUUGUCACAGCGUCUACAAUGCUCGACUGGUGCCGGGUUGUCUGUGUGUUCGAGAGGACAGCAGCCGUGGGCACUCAUUUGUGUCCAGGAGUUCAAAGGGCGUGUUUUUCUGGUCUAUCUAUUGCCCUAAAUCCAGAGGUGGUUCAUAAACUCAUGAAUGAUACAGAAUUAGCCUCAUUGCAUUUGUUCCUUCCUUUUGCCUUGGCACAUUGCACUAGAAAUUUGGUCGAUGAACUCGCAUUCCGCGCCCAAUUGUGGUCUCUCUGAACUCCUAUAUACUUGGUCUUUUUACCCUACCUACCCAGCUUGCUUUAACCCCAAUAGGCUAAUUGAUCAUUCCAA